CGUGGUGCAUUAUGGGUAGGGCACAUCCUGUUUCCAAAGUUUUUACCAUCAAGCUAGCACAAUAAUCUUAAUGUCACUUUAAAGUGCGGUGUAUUUGUCGGUUUAGUUGACGUAGCAGCUAGCGAUAGUAAACCGCCUUUCGUUAUUUGUGUUUUCAUGUACCGGCAAUAACAUUUAAGUAGAUUAAGUCGCUCAGAGCACACUGUGUCACUGAUUAGCUGCUAAGAUAACUAGCAUAACACGGAGAAAUGCAUGACGGUCAAGUGAAGGAAGAUGAAUAAUUCAAUGAUAAUUUUCAGAUUAUAAGACAAAUACGCGUUGUUUUCUUCAUUUUAUAGCUUCCAGCUCAAUAUUUAUCAUUUAUGCGUGUGGAUACCGGAUGUUCGGGUUUCGAACUAAAUCGACAACAUACUCGAGAAAAGUAUACUAUAACAUGAGUGGUAUAAGAUUGGCAAAUCAUAAACAUGUGUAUGCUUUUCCUUUUUCUUAUGGGGGGCUAAUACCUCCCAUUCUUCCUUCAGCUUUGUCCUUUUUUGUUUAAAAAAAAAAAAGCUUGACUGCUAAUACUUGGAAUAAUAAGUGAAAUACAUCAAACUAUACAUGAUGCUUCUCAAUGGGUGCCUGUGCUGCUCAAGAACGUAUCUGCCAUUCAGUGGAAAGCGUCUUUUAAGUUCUGUUAUCACUUUCUCCUCUACUGGAGGGAAGCAAGUUGUUAGUUUGCACAGUGGUCAUGCUGUGUCCUUCAGCACCAAGUGCACAGUGUUGCCGGUGUACAACAGUGAUGGUGCUCUACAUGCACCUAGCAGUCAGUUGCUCCUUCAGUCAAGAAGAAGAGGUCCAAGAAACAAGAAGCUGCUGCUAGAAGGAGGAUCAUGGCCUGUGUCCUUUGUCCGUCAAAGAAUGUCUGAAGCACCUCUUUCCAGUGUACUGCCUGCUUUUGUCGUGAUGAGGUUUGACCAGGAAGGAAAUGUGACAUCAUUUGAAAAGAAGAAAAAUGAACUUUGCCAGGAGCUAAGUCUUCAGGCUAGGGACCUUCGCUUUCAGCACAGCACUAGCCUCACCACGAGAAACAACUGCAUUAUUAUCCGAAUGGAGUCAUUGAAAGCCAUUGUGACCCCACAUUGCCUUUUGGUGUUGGAUUUUCGUGGUCUGGGUUUGGAACGCUGGCUAGUGCUAGAGCUUGCCCCACAGCUGGCUUCACAGACGCACUCCCUGCCUUUUGAGUUCAGGGCUCUGGAGGCAAUUCUGCAACACAGGGUAAACAACUUACAAACACGGCUGAAUGAAGUUGAGCCAGUAAUAUUGGACAUUUUGGAGUCACUGGUGGAUCCCAAAAUAUUGUCUGCUGAUCGAAGUAAACUCCACAUACUCCUGCAGAACAGUAAGAGUUUAUCAGAAUUAGAGACAGACAUUAAAGUGUUUAAGGACUCCUUGUUGAAGAUUUUGGACGAGGACGAAAUCAUUGAAGAAAUGUGUCUCACCAAGUGGACAGACCCGAGAAUUUUUGAGGAGAGCAAUUUGGGGAUUGACCACGCAGACGAGAUGGAACUUUUGUUGGACAAUUAUUACAUGCAGGCUGAGGAGCUGGGGAACAAGGCCAGGGAGCUGAAAGGCCUGAUAGAUGACUCCGAGAGCGUCAUCUUUAUCAAUCUGGACAGCCAUCGAAAUGUGAUGAUGCGUUUGAACCUGCAACUGACCAUGGGAACCUUCUCCCUCUCUUUAUUUGGUCUCAUCGGGGUGGCCUUCGGAAUGAACCUGGAGUCAUCCUUCGAAGAGGACCCUCGUGUUUUCUGGCUGGUCACAGGAUUCAUGUUCCUGGGCAGCGGCUUGAUAUGGAGGCGACUGCUGUCCUUCCUGGGAAGACACCUGGAGCCUUCAUUACUCCCACCGAUUCCACCAGUUUGGAAAAGAAACCUAAAAGUGUCAGACAGAUGAUGCCACCAACCUGGGACAGCUCUGAAGUGUGUAAUCCAACAGCGGCGGCGUCGUGCAGUCAUCACUGGUUAUUGAGGAGUGGAUCGAUGACAAAAUAUCUCCAGAUAUGAACAGUACGGACGUGUGAAGUCAUUUCCUGAUGACAUCAUACGGCAAGACAGGAAGACUAAAAUCAUUUCAGAUCCAGGUACUAUUCACGAUUAUUUGUAUCCAGUUGACUCCUUAGCAUUUUAAAUCCACAGGGUUGUUUAUGACAUAUUUAUGUUAAAGCUGCAAGUUUUUUUUUUUUCAUGCAACAUGUUUUUUCCUGUAUCUCUAAAAGUAAAAAUAACCAUCUUGCCCCUUGUGACAAAUAAGCUUGUUACGUUUAGUUGGCUUAGUUUCGGUCCGAUCAUUUAUUUAUGGGAGUGGUUUAUGUCGGUUAUUACAGGAAUACAGGAAAACGUUUACCAUGUUUAUGCGUACUUUCCUAACAAUACUAUCCUGGACGUUUUUCUGGUUUGCACAUGUGUAAUGAAGGUUGCGGCCUAAUAAAAAUGUGGAUUCUAAUGCGCAA